UCGGCGCGGCGCGGCCCGCCAUGCCGUCCCGGGUGGAGGACUACGAGGUGCUGCACGGCAUCGGCACGGGCUCCUACGGCCGCUGCCGGAAGAUCCGGAGGAGGAGCGACGGCAAGAUUCUAGUUUGGAAAGAGCUAGACUAUGGCUCCAUGACAGAAGCUGAGAAGCAGAUGCUCGUCUCUGAAGUCAAUCUGCUUCGUGAACUGAAACAUCCAAACAUCGUCCGUUACUAUGAUCGAAUCAUAGAUCGGACCAACACUACCCUAUACAUUGUAAUGGAAUAUUGUGAAGGAGGGGACCUGGCAAGUGUAAUUACAAAGGGGACCAAGGACAGACAAUACUUAGAUGAAGAGUUUGUUCUUCGAGUGAUGACUCAGUUGACUCUGGCCCUGAAAGAGUGUCACAGGCGAAGUGACGGUGGUCAUACUGUGCUGCAUCGGGAUCUGAAACCAGCCAACGUCUUCCUGGAUGGCAAGCAGAACGUCAAGCUUGGAGACUUUGGGCUAGCUAGAAUAUUAAACCAUGAUACAAGUUUUGCCAAAACUUUUGUUGGCACACCUUAUUACAUGUCUCCUGAACAAAUGAACCGCAUGUCCUACAAUGAGAAGUCAGACAUCUGGUCCCUGGGCUGCCUGCUCUAUGAGCUCUGUGCAUUGAUGCCUCCAUUUACAGCUUUUAACCAAAAAGAAUUAGCUGGGAAAAUCAGAGAAGGCAGAUUCAGACGAAUUCCAUACCGAUAUUCUGAUGAAUUGAAUGACAUUAUUACAAGGAUGUUAAGUUUAAAGGAUUACCAGCGACCUUCCGUUGAAGAGAUUCUUGAGAAUCCUUUGAUAGCAGACUUGGUUACAGAAGAGCAAAGAAGAAAUCCUGAGAGGAGGGGCCGUCGCUCAGUAGAGCCUUCGAAGCUGCAGGACUCCAGCACGGUGCUGAGUGAGCUGAAGCUGAUGGAGAUCCGGCUGCAGGAGCGGGAGCGGGCCCUCCAAGCACGGGAGGAGAGCCUGGAGAAGAAGGAGCGUGAACUCUGUGUCCGAGAGAGACUGGCCGAGGACAAGCUGGCCCGGGCCGAGAGUCUGGUGAGGAGCUGCGGCCUGCGGAAGGAGCAGCGCUUGCUGUCUCUGGCAAGUGGUCCAGAACUAUUUAAUCUCCCAUCCUCCUUGAUCAAGAAGAAAGUUCAUUUUGGCGGGGAGAGUAAAGAGAACAUGCGGAGUGAGAAUUACGAGAGUCAGCUCUCCUCCAAAUCCAAGUGCAAGGACCUGAAGAAGAGGCUGCAUGCUGCGCAGCUGCGGGCUCAAGCCUUGUCGGAUAUGGAAAAGAACUAUCAGCUGAAGAGCAGACAGAUCCUGGGCAUGCGCUAGGCCUGCAGAAACGCAGAGCCGCUGCCCGCUGCCGUGACGUUGCGCUGCUGCAGCUUCACGCGUGCUUCUGUGAGCUGCGCCUUUUCUUCAGUAAGUGUCCUGCUGGAGCUGUUUUCACUCUUUUCAACAGCAGGUGCAUGAGAUGGUUGCAUAUUCAUUUCUUUUUCUUCUGUGAACCCUUUAUAGAAAGAAUGAUCCUUUCCUACUUGACUGGCCUGUGUGAUUACUACUGGGAAUAUGAGAUAGGGCAUUUUAGACCUUGAGGGAAAAUAAUGCUAGAAAGAGAUGAUAUACCCAAGAGCCCUGCAAAGUUUUAUGUAAGUGAGUGGUGUGUGUGCAGCUGUUUGUCUGGUGUUAACCCAAAGCUAUGAGCAGCAGGAGGAGGCUGUGUAUGCCAGCACUGAGCAUCCAUGGCUGGGGCACCCACGCACCUUUCUCAAGAGCAUCGUGACCGGUGGACAGAUGCUGUCACCCUGUUGACAGCCUUGGUUAGAAGGUGCCCACCACAUUCCAGUUCAACAUAACCAUUAUGCUUAUUGGGAAUAAAAGUGGCUUACAGUCCAGGUGAGGAGCUCAAAAGAGGGCAGAGCUUUACCACAAGAGCGCGGAUGUAUCUCAAAGAAAUGUCUGCUAGGAUGGCUCCAGUGUAAAAGAGACUGUCAGCACAGCAGAGAAACUACUGAGAGCAUUCAGAAGGAUCCUGACAUUAGUAAUGAGGCAGUCGGCAUUAACAUUGACCCUCAACAUGCUGCUACCCCAGGAGGCUUCUGACUCAGCCUGUUCCCUGCACAUGCUCAGCUGAGGUGUGUAGCCAUCUUACGUGGCUUUGUGUCCCAGAGACCUUAGCUCUUCAAGUUCUUGUAUAACUUUGAAUAAAUGGUUGAUGUUCACUUAAAAGGCAGGUUUGGGAGAUUAUACUGAUGACUUCUGAGUCAGUUGAUAAGAUUAUUUUUAUUAUAUGUUAUCUUUUGCUCUUAGCCGCAAGCUGAAUUGUAGUAAACACCACAAAGCCAUUCUGUUUUAAAUCUCAUGUUUGCAGCCCUGACCUCAGAAAAUUUGUCUAUUUUUAAGAUGACGGGGAAAAACACAAGGAUUUCUUUGCUGUGUGCCCAGCAGUCCCUCGGGGCUCUUGAGAGGGGACAGUUCAUGUCUAGGCCUGUCUUAAUGCCGCAGCUUCCUUAGGACCCACACCAGCGAGGGCUGCCAGAUGAAGCACGGCACCAGGGGAAGGGCAGAGCAGUUUAAAUGCCAUUUGUCUCUGUUAAUGCCAGAUGCUCCUUGCGUCCUAACUGCUGUAUUUCUCAUUUAAUUUUUGUGUAUAUAACUUAAUAACCUGCUUGGAUGUAACUUACCAAGCUUGAAUUCUCCAAUGCAUUGCAUGAAUUCUGUAUUGUUUAUAGAAUUGAAAGCUACAGAAGGAGUGUUAGGAAUUGCCUGGAUGCUGAAUUUUAAGCUUCUUUUUGACAUUGUUAACAAAUAUAUCUUGGGUGUGGUGGUGCACGCCUUUAAUCCCAGUGCUUGGAAGGCCGAGGUAGGGGGAUCCCCGUGAGUUCAAGGCCACCCUGAGACUACAUAGUGAAUUCCAGGUCAGCCUGAGCUAGAGUGAGACCCUAUCUUGAAAAACAAAAUAACAAAAACAAACAAACAACAAAUGCAUGUUACUGAAGGCCAGGUCUGCUGUUUUAGUGCCAAAAAGCUGCUCUGUGUCCACAGUUUCCUUCAGACCGUGUCAAAAGAGGAUGUUUGCGCUAAUGAACGAUGCUGGGUGGAAGCCCAGACAGUGAGUGGGAGGGCAGAAGAGGAGGCCCCACAUCUAGGGGCUCCAAGAGCAAGUCCCGCCUCAGAUGGCACAUGAUGAUAGCACCUUCAUCUUCCCUUCAGCACAGGAAUGUUCCCUUUUCUUUCAUUCACAUAAUGUCUCAGGAUCCUUGUCACGCCAUGCAGGGCAGUUUGUUAACUGUGAUGCACAGUGACACCCUAAAAUGUUUAACACAUGGUGAGUGUCUCAUCUCUUCUGAAGGGAAUGGGAUGGGACAGUAAAUGAAUCAGGCAGAAAACCUCAUUAAAAAGCAGAAAAGCUUCAGCAGUAAACUAGUAGUUCUGUCUUUCUUUUUAAGUGUUCUUGAGCUGAGGAAACCUAAUGGAUAUGGAUUGUUUGUUAAUACCAAGACAUCUUGUUUACAAAUGUUCCAGUGUAAUGCAAAUCUGUUUUACCUUUUUGGAAAUGCCUCACUGUGAUGUCUAUAUUCUUUUAUUUGUUUUUAUUCCACUGACUGUCAUCUACCUGCCUCUUUCCCACAGCAUAAAAUGAUUCUUUUAUUUCUA